AUGGCCACCGCUGCCGCAGAGACCCUCCAGCGAGAGGUUGACGCUGCGAUAGAGGAGGCGGCACGGCAACGGGGAGGUCUGCGACGACGUGCCGCUGCUGCGUGUGACCGUAUCCGUCGGCGGCAUGCGCUUGCGCGGGCGGAGGUCCUCGCGCCGUCGUUCCGCGCUGACCUCUUGCGGCGCGGCAGGGGCAUUCAGAAGAACCGCGCCCACCUGAUGCAGACGCUGAAGCGGUUCGCGGCCGUGCUUCCAUCCGGUGAUGUUUGGGAAGAGUGCGGCCACCCCAACGUGGUGGUGGUUCUUCGCGCUGUGCAGGAGGCAUUUGAGGCGGAGGAGGAGCUGGCGCACUGGCGGCAGCCGCUGCCGUGCGAAGAGGCGUGGCAUGAGGCGUGCGCCGCUGUGGGGGACGGUGGCCGCCGCGCAGAUGUGCCCCCACAGCCGCCAGGGGGCUCUGAGCUGCGACAACGACAGCAGCAAGAGCGGUUGGAGGCGGCGUUGGAGCAUCUGCUCGUUCCAUCCUGCGCGAAGAUGGGGGCGGAGGAGGACGAGGCUGCGGCUGCGGCGGCAGCAGCGCCGCUCGGCUCUUGGAUCUCGCUCCCGUGCUUCUGUACCAUGGCGCACUUCUGCAGGUACGACCAGCUGCCCGUGGUGGUGGCGGCGGCGGCGGCGGCGGCGAGAGGCGGCGGCGGCGGCAGUUCGAUGACGGCGGGCGUACGUGAGGGGGGCGACGAGGCGUUGCACGACGCGGAGGCGGAGGCGGAGCGGGGCGACGGCAGGGUUGCGCAGGUGGCCCUGGAUGCCGCCGCGGCGCACCUUGGCCGCCUCGGGGGCCGGGCCGGCGAGGGCACCGACGGGAGCAACCAGGCGGGGGAUGCCGGCGAGGAGGAGGCGACGGAGUCGGCGUUGGAAGAGGUACGGCUGCGGGUGUCGCUGGAGGUCGCGGCGAGAGUCACAGCGUGCAGAUAUGCGGCGGAGUCGCUGGCGGCGGGCGCGGAUGGUAUUCUGUUGGACGGCGUGACGACCGUGACUGCGGCGGCGCCCCUCGCGGUGCCCGUCACGGUGCUUGUGUUGCCGCCGAUGGAGCAGCUUUUCUUCUGCGUCGCGUACACCAUCGGCGCGGCGAUCCUGCGGGAUGAGCAGAGGGAGCGGCGUGCGGCCGCCGAUGCCGCCACUGCUGCGGACGACGAUGGCGGCGGCGAUGGCUGGAGGGGGGCGUUGGAGCGGUGGAUGCGGCGGGAAGGGCCCGUCGGCACCGCAGGCGGCGGAACGCCCGUUGGUCCCCGCCUGCUGCAGUACCUACUGGACUACGUCUUUUCCCCCGCCGAGUGUGACAGCCAACGGAAGGGAGCGGCAGCGUUGGUGCAGCCGCGCACGGCGCGACGGUGGCUGGAGCUCGCGUUGGGCAACACCCCCGAGAAGGAGGGCGCCAUAGACGCCAUGAUGGCCCGCUACCUGAAGCGGCAAUGA